GAAAAUAUGAGUGGUAGGUCAAAAAGUCACCGUUAAACGUCAUCAGUUUAUAACCUCAUUUAUAAAUAAAUACUGGAUCCUGCUAUUUUGUUGUGUUUGUUUUCUUACAUUUUGAAGUAUAUAUUCUGUAUUCUAGCAUUUCAGCUAAUAUUCGGAUCAUUUAAUUAAGUAUAUCUAUUAAAGUAGAUAUUUACUAUAAAGAAUAUGAGGAUUGUAACAUGCCAAGCACCAGUCAAUAUUGCAGUAAUAAAAUACUGGGGUAAAAGGAAUGAGGAUUUGAUAUUACCUCUGAAUGAUUCGAUAAGUGCUUCUUUAAGUAUAGAUCAUAUGUGUGCAAAAACAACAAUAGUAGCUUCACCAGACUUAAAAGAAACCAAGUUCUGGUUAAAUGGAGAACUGCAGUCAAUAGACAACAAAAGAUUUCAGAACUGUUUAAUAGAAAUGAAAAAAAAAGCUAAUCCUAAUUUGGAAUGUUUGAAGUGGAACCUAAGCAUAUGCUCAGAAAAUAAUUUUCCAACAGCUGCAGGUCUGGCUUCUUCUGCUGCUGGUUUUGCAUGUCUAGUAUCUGCUUUAGCACAAAUCUAUGAAGUCAAAACAAAUAUAUCAACUAUUGCUAGGAUGGGUUCGGGAAGUGCUUGCAGAAGUGUAUUUGGUGGUUGGGUUAGGUGGCAUAAAGGAGAAACUUCUGAAGGAUCAGAUUCAAUUGCAAUUCAGGUAGCCCCUGAAACUCACUGGCCAGAAAUGAGAGUGUUGAUACUUGUUGUUGACGAUCAGAAAAAAACAUACAGUUCUACUUCUGGAAUGAGGACGAGCGUUGAAACCUCAGAGUUUCUUCGUUAUAGGGCUGAAAAAAUUGUACCACAGAGAACGGCAGAAAUGGUUGAUGCCAUAAAAAACAGAAAUUUUGAAAAAUUUGCCCGAUUGACGAUGCAAGAUUCUAACCAAUUCCACAGUGUCUGCUUAGAUACCUAUCCACCAUGUUUUUAUCUGAACGACACCUCCAGGACUAUCAUAGAAUUAGUUCAUCGUUAUAACCAAUUCAAAGGAGAAACUGUGAUUGCUUAUACUUUUGAUGCUGGUCCCAAUGCUUGUUUAUAUCUAUUGGAAGAAAGUGUUGCGGAAGUGAUAGGAAUGCUGAACUAUGUGUUUCCACCAAAACCCUCAAUUAUUUCCGAUUAUUUUAGAGGAAUCAAGCCGCCUACAAUAACCCUUGAUGAAAAAUUGACUUCAACUAUCAGUAAUUACCAACAGAAGGAGGGUAAAUUAAAGUAUCUUAUAUACACCAAAGUGGGAGAUGGUCCUAGAAUUCUAGAAGUAUCAGAACACCUUUUGACUGAAUCUGGUGUACCCAAAUCUUAAAAUUUUUUUUUUUACUUUAUUUAUUGGAUGAGGCAACUUUUUAAGACGAUGUAGGAUAAUAUUGUUUGAUAUAUUUAUUUCAUCUAUAACUUAGAUGUAUUGUUAAAAAAAUAUUUUUCAUAUUUUCAUAUUUUAUUGGUGAUAGGAGUAUUUAUAAUAAUGAACUUUUACUACUUAA